CGAGUUGGAUUUCUGUACUACAGGCGAAAAGUCCUGCAGUGGAUGAGAAGCUGCGCGUGGAACCGAUACUUCUGUAACUACUUUCCUAUAAAAUUGGUGAAAACCACUGAUUUGGAUCCGAACAAGUUGUAUUUAUUCUGUAAUUUCCCGCAUGGGAUCCUACCGACAGGAGUUUAUGGUGCAUUCGCAACAGACAUCAUCGGCUGUAGAGAACUUUUCCCGGGUCUCGAAUUUAGGGUCGUCGUACUUGAUCAACUUUUUAAAUCACCGCUUUUCCGCGAGUAUUUGCACUUAAACGGCGGCCUUGCUAGUACUCCAGAGUGCAUGAAUCAACAACUAUCGACAAGACCUUCGCCACCGUACACCGGAAAGGCGACGGUUCUGAUUCCCGGCGGAGCGGCAGAAGUAUUCGAAUGUAAGCCGGGCACUUACCGCAUCCUGAUAAAAAGGAGGAAAGGCUUUGUAAAGCUCGCGCUGCAAAAUGGAAACGCUCUGGUUCCUGUCUGUUCAUUCGGAGAAACGGAUACUUUCGAUCAAUUUUCCUGGCCAGAUGGCUCGUUCGUGAAGAGACUACAGGAGUACAUUCGUAAGAAAAUCGGUAUACCGCCGGUUCUACUGGUUGGUCGGGGAUUCUUCCAAUACACUUUCGGUCUUAUCCCUCGACGGAAACCAGUUACUGUCGUUGUCGGCAGUCCGAUGGAGUUACCAAAGAUAGAAGAACCAACGAGAGAACAAGUCGAGAAAUAUCACGAGAAAUUCGUCAGCCACCUGGUGAACCUUUUCGAGCACGAGAAACACAAGUACAUCGAAAACGCGGAUUCGGUGCAUCUUGAGUUUGUAUAGUGAUAUCACGAAAUAAUGAUCAUUUAUGAAAAGAAAGUAGGACAAGAUGUGGGGUACAAUUAUUUUAUCGCUGAAGAUAUUUAUACUAUUUAAAGGAAAAUAAAUUGUAUAAUAUUUUAAGUAUUUUGUGAUACUUUGAAUGUAGUUAGUGUUUGGAGACACUGUUAUGGGGAUAUUUAGUGGUUUAAUAAUAUUAUCUAUUAAAUAUUUUCUAGAAAUUUUA